UGGCGAGUUGUAAUUGGAAAAAUUUUCGGGGGGUGUUUAUGCUCUCCUUAUUUCCUUAACACUCGUGCAGCCCUAAAAGGGUCGCCGUUCGACCGUGUUUGUAAGCUCUGAGCUCUGGUCAUGGCUUCAGAGAAGAAACCAAACAAGGCAAAGCGACCCAGACAAGGCUUUGAACAGCUCGACCGCUUCGACUCGCUUCCAUGGAACUCUUCUCUCUCCGAAAACGACGACCCUUUCUCUAUCUCCGUUGGCUCUAGCGAACUCGAGGGAGGUUUUCUAUCGCUUGAAGAGAUUGAUGAAUCUGAGUAUGGUUUGGAAAUUCCUAAACCUGAGAGACAAAACAAGAAAGAAAGGACUAAAGAAAAUAAAAAUGAGAAAAAAAGGAAGCUAAGUGAAGUUGAGGAUGAGCUUGGUGGUGAGGUUGAAGCUGUAAGUGAAGAGAAGGAUAAUAAAGUGAAAAGAAAGAAGAAAAAGAAGAAGAAGAAAAAGGAGAACAAGGAUGCAAAGAAUUCUGAGGAAAAUGAAGAACCAACUGCUGAAGUCAGUGAUCCCAAGGAUGAUAUUGAAGGAGAUUCAGUUGAUGAAGCCGAAUAUUACGCUUGGAAUGAACUGAGGCUACUUCCCCUGCUUAUGAAAGCAAUAUAUAGUCUUGGGUUUAAAGAACCAACACCAAUACAGAAAGCUUGUAUUCCUGCAGCUGCUCAUCAAGGAAAGGAUGUCAUUGGGGCUGCAGAGACAGGAUCUGGGAAAACACUUGCUUUUGGUUUACCCAUUUUUCAACGUCUUCUCGAAGAGCGAGAAAAAGCUGAUAAUAUGUUUGUAGAAAAGGGAGAGGCAGCUGAAAAAAUUGCUCCAAGUCGUCUCUUACGGGCUCUUAUUAUAACUCCUACAAGAGAGCUUGCACUUCAGGUUACCGAUCAUCUUAAGGAAGUGGCUAAAGGUACCAAUUUUAGGGUGGUUCCAAUUGUUGGUGGGAUGUCAACGGAAAAACAAGAAAGACUUCUGAAAGCAAGGCCUGAGAUUGUUGUUGGAACUCCAGGGAGGCUAUGGGAACUUAUGUCUGGUGGAGAACUUCAUCUUAUUGAGUUACAUUCACUGUCUUUCUUUGUGCUGGAUGAGGCUGAUCGAAUGAUAGAGAAUGGUCAUUUUCAUGAGUUGCAGUCCAUAAUUGACUUGCUUCCGAUGACCGGUGGCUCACAUGAAGGGCAUCCUCAGAAUACACAGAAUUGUGUGACAGUUUCAAGCUUCCAGAGAAAGAAAAGACAAACGUUUGUGUUUUCUGCAACCCUAUCCCUAUCUGCUGAUUUCCGGAAGAAGCUAAAGCAUGGAUCACUAAAAUCAAAGCAAUCGAUGAAUGAUGGGUUAAAUUCUAUAGAAACUCUCUCUGAACGAGCUGGAAUGAGAGCGAAUGCUGCUAUUGUCGAUCUAACAAAUGCAUCAAUUGUGGCAGAUAAACUCGAGGAGUCAUUUAUUGAAUGCAGGGAGGAAGACAAAGAUGCCUAUUUGUAUUAUAUACUGAGUGUUCAUGGACAAGGACGCACAAUUAUUUUCUGCACAUCAGUUGCAGCUCUACGCCAUGCUUCUUCCCUCUUGCGCGUUCUUGGAAUUAAUGUUUGGACACUUCAUGCUCAGAUGCAGCAGCGAGCUCGCUUGAAGGCAAUUGACCGUUUUCGAGGAAAUGAGCACUGUAUACUUGUUGCUACUGAUGUUGCAGCAAGAGGGCUUGAUAUUCCAGGUGUUCGAACAGUUGUUCAUUAUCAACUUCCACAUUCAGCAGAAGUCUACGUUCACAGAAGUGGAAGAACUGCCAGGGCAUCUGCUGAUGGGUGUAGCAUUGCUCUAAUAUCACCAAAUGAUAGAUCUAAAUUUGCCAGUUUGUGCAAAUCAUUUUCUAAGGAAAGUCUGCGGCGAUUUCCUGUAGAGAUCUCGUACAUGCCAGAGGUUGCUAAACGAUUAUCUCUUGCACGCCAAAUAGACAAGAUUUUGCGGAAGGACUCGCAGGAUAAGGCAAAUAAAAGUUGGUUUGAACGGAAUGCUGAAGCAAUUGAAUUAGAUGUGGAGGAUAAUGAAAGCGAGGAGGAACACGUGAAUAGUCAUAAGCAAAAGAAGGCCAGUUCCAAUCAUUUAAAGAAGCUGCAGCAGGACCUCAAUAUGCUGCUUUCACAGCCAUUGCAACCUAAAACAUUUUCACAUCGCUAUUUAGCAGGGGCUGGUGUUUCACCUCUCCUCCAACACCAAUUUGAAGAAUUAGCUACGCAGAAACAUGAUGUUAUUGGGACUUCAGAAGGCAAAAGAAGGAAAUUACUGACUAUAGGUCAGGAUUGUAUGGAACCGCUCCAGGCACUUAGGAGUGCUGCUCAUGAGGUCGUGGAUCUGAAAGAGAUUGCAGAAAAACGAAGGAAUGUAGAGAAUUUACGGAGAAAGAGAAAAGAUGACAAAAAACGCUUGCGGGAUCAACGGAAGAAGCAGAAGAAAAAACUAAAAGGGCGAGGUGAGUAGAAGGGAUCUAUGGAAUUCAAACCCAAGUCAUCAGGAAAAUGGGAAACCAACUAUCCUCAUUAGAUUAUCUUAGACACAAGUCAUAAUUUUUGUAUUUAUGUGCAACCAAAUAUCAUCAUUAGAUUAUCUUUGACAAGUCAUGAUAAUGAAGUCCUAAAUUUUGAAAA